UAGCUUGUUCCUUUUUUCUGCGCUGUUAAGAAUGAAGAAUCUUAGUAUCUCUGCAGUUACAAUUCACUUUCCUUAAAGAAAAUACAUGUAGCCUUUACUGUUCUUAGGUUUUAGAAUUGGAAAUCUUGGCAGUGCGUGUCUCUGUCAAGUUCAGUGGAUGGAUAACUGUGCCAUUAGCUCUGACCACUGGGCUGCCUUAUAGUUUUGGAGAUGUUUGCUUUGGUCCUUCUGACUAUUGCGUAAGUAAUGACUUCUAGAAACUAGUUUUUAUGGAGUAGAAAUGCAGAUGUUGAUCGUUAUUUGUGUCCUGGUAGCUGAAAACUGGUGGUCUAUUGUUUAUUGCACAAUUAGAGGAAAUUUUUGAUGUGCAGCCUCAUCUGAGAGACCUUCUAGUCCUGGAGGUAGGAAAGCUUAUCAGGAAUAGUUUCAGCAGUGCCAUGAGAGGGAAACUGAGUCACAGAGAGGAGUACUGCUUUCUUUUGUAGCCUUCAGACAGGUCUUAUUUUCUUUGCUAAAAUUGCCAUUGUCUGUGUAAUCAGAAUUUCAGUCUUACGUGCCAGGCCCCUGGUCUUCACUGUACAAGUGUUAGGGCUUCUACAAUAGUUUCUGAGUGUUCGGAGUGGAGAGUUGAACUGAGAGCUUGUUAAGUUGGAGAGCUCCUUUCCUACUUUCAGUCUGUAAAUAUGAAUGUUGCCUACUGCUCUUAAUAGUUUGAGAGGAGGGGGCCAAGUGAGAGUACCAGGAAGCAGACGGUGGAAGUGGUGGUUAGUCUUUUGGCCAAAAAGGGUUGUCUGCCUUUGUCAAAGAAUUGGGUGUAUCUUGGUCUUAUUCCUAGUAUCUGCUGUACGUUGGGUCACAAAGGGGAAAAAGAUGAAAAGGAAACUAUCAGUAGGCCACCACUAUGGUCCUCAACACCCACUCUUCACCAGAGCCUGGAGAAAGAAGGGUUUUUUGGUCAGCUGAAGGCGUGGUGGAUACACUGGGAUGGACACAGAGGAAUUCCCUCCCCCACCCCCAGAAGUUCUAGAGCAUGAACCCAAAGCUGUGGGUACAAAUGAUGAAGAGGAGGAUGAGGGAGAGCAGUUUGACUUUGACAGUGGGGAUGAGAUACCGGAAGCAGACAGACAAGCCUUCGUGCCACCUCCUCCUGAUCCUGGAAGUAACACAGAGCACCAAGAGGCUAAUGUCACAGCUAAAGGAGCUGAUAGCUUAGAAAAAAGUGAGAAGCUACAAGCAUCAGAACCUAUUGCAGAAGAUACUCCAAGGAAAGUAAAUCCCUACUCAGUCAUAAAUAUUUCCCCAAUGCAAGAAAAGGAUCCAUCCUCCUCACCAGAUCCAAGUCCUCAGGAUGAACCUGCCAGUCCAAACACAUCCAGUGGAUAUUCUGUCCCUGUGCCCUGUGGCUAUGCAGUGCCAUCCAAUUUACCUCUGAUACUGCCAGCAUACUCCAGUCCUGUCAUAAUACGUAGCGUUUCUGUAGAUGAGGAAGCAGGUAUGCAAUCAGCAACUGAAGAAUGUCAUUGUAAUUCUUUAAACUCAGAGGAGCCCCAAAAUAGUGAAGAUAACCAGGACAAGAGAGAAGAUGAUGCUCUGGCCAAGUGGGUUGCAGAUCCUGCAAAUACAGCGUGGAUGGAAAACCCAGAUGAAGUAAUUUACGAUGACGUGCCAAGAGAAAAUUCGGACUCUGAACCAGAGGAAAUGAUUUAUGAUGAUGUUGAAAAUGGCGAUGAUGGUGGAAACAGCUCGCUGGAGUAUGGAUGGAGUUCAAGUGAGUUUGAAAGCUACGAAGAACAAAGUGAUUCUGAGUGUAAAAAUGGAAUUCCCAGCUCCUUUUUGCGAGGCAACCACAAGAGGCAUCUUUCUCAUGACCUUACGCGUUUAAAGGAGCAUUAUGAGAAAAAGAUGAAAGAUUUGAUGGCAAACACUGUGGGAGCAGUAGAGAUUCAGCAACUAAAGCAAAAACAUGAGCUGAAGAUGCAAAAGCUCAUGAGAGCUGCUAGAGAAGGUACCAAAGAUGGACUUGAAAAGACAAAAGCAGCUGUGAAGAAGGGUCGUUCUUUCAUUAGAACUAAGUCUUUUAUUUCUCAAGAUCACAGAUCAUCAUGCCUGGAAGAAGAGGAGCUAAAUUUAUUUAUUGAUGUGGACUGUGUGCAUACAGAAGCAAUUAUGACCCCUAUGCCUGAAGGAUUAUCACAACAGCAGGUUGUGAGAAGAUAUAUUUUGGGCUCUGUAGUUGAUAGUGAAAAGAAUUAUGUGGAUGCUCUGAAAAGAAUCUUGGAGCAAUAUGAGAAGCCCCUUUCAGAAAUGGAACCAAAAUUACUGAGUGAAAGAAAACUCAAAAUGGUCUUCUAUAGAAUUAAAGAAAUUCUUCAAUGCCAUUCAAUGUUUCAAAUAGCCCUGGCGAGUCGUGUGUCUGAGUGGGAUUCUGUUGAAAUGAUUGGCGAUGUCUUUGUUGCUUCAUUUUCGAAGUCGAUGGUAUUGGAUGCGUACAGUGAAUACGUAAACAACUUCAGUACAGCUGUGGGGAUUCUGAAGAAAACAUGUGCCACCAAACCUGCCUUUCUAGAUUUCUUAAAGCAGUGCCAGGAGUCAAGCCCUGAUCGGAUUACACUGUAUGGUUUAAUGAUGAAACCUAUCCAGCGCUUCCCACAGUUCAUUCUGCUAUUGCAGGAUAUGUUGAAGAACACAAAUAAAGGACAUCCUGACAGAUUACCCCUGCAGAUGGCUCUUACAGAACUUGAAACACUAGCAGAAAAGCUGAAUGAAAGAAAAAGGGAUGCAGAUCAGCGCUGUGAAAUAAAACAAAUAGCAAAAGCAAUGAACGAACGUUACCUGAACAAGCUACUCAGCAGUGGAAACAGGUACCUCAUACGGACUGAUGAUAUGGUGGAAACAGUUUACAAUGACAAAGGAGAAAUUGUCAAAACCAAAGAGCGACGACUUUUCAUGUUAAACGAUGUGCUGAUGUGCGCAACUGUCAACGUGCGCACUUCCUAUGAAAGCAGCGGCACUGUUACAACUGGCCAGAGGUAUUUAUUAAAAUGGAGCGUACCACUGGGACAAGUGGAAGUUAUAGAGUAUGGGAGCAGUGAGGGCCAAGGAGAGAACUGCAGGUUUCCACCCCAGCACUCUGCUGAAAAUGUUAUUGUGAACUCUAAGCCAAACAAGCUGUAUAUGGGACCAGGGCAACUAUACCAUGAUCUGCAGAACCUUUUACAUGAUUUGAAUGUAGUUGGUCAAAUUAGUCAAUUAAUAGGCAGCCUUAAAGGAAAUUAUCAGAACUUAAACCAAUCGGUAGCACAUGACUGGACCUCGGGUUUACAAAAAUUGAUCUUGAAAAAAGAAGAUGAAAUCAGAGCAGCAGAUCGCUGUAGAAUUCAGCUGCAGCUUCCAGGAAAACAGGACAAGUCUGGGCGGCCUACUUUCUUUACAGCUGUAUUCAAUACAUUUACCCCUGCUAUCAAACAGUCUUGGAUCAACAAUUUGCAAAUGGCUAAACUAGCCCUUGCGGAGGAUAACCUGUUAGGUUGGUUCUGUGUGGAAGAUGAUGGGAAUCAAAUCAAAAAGGAGAAACAUCCUCUCCUUGUUAGACACAUGCCAGUGAUGAUGGCGAAGCAGCAGGAGUUUAAGAUUGAAUGUGCUGCCUAUAACCCUGAACUGUACCUCUCUGGAGAAACGGAGUCAGAUUCCUGUUCCAUGGAACAUGGUUUUCUUUGGAUUGGCAGUUGUACUAAUCAGAUGGGCCAGAUCGCAAUAGUCUCAUUUCAAAGCUCUGGCCCUAAGGUUAUUGAGUGCUUCAAUGUGGAAUCGAGGAUUCUCUGCAUGGUCUACAUACCAGAAGAAGAGAAAAUAAAGGAGAUAAAUAUGUCUCUCAACUCUGAAAAUGUUCCUACAAAAGCUUCUAAUGUGCCUACUAUUUGCCUUGGCAUGGAAGAAGGAAGCAUUUCUAUUUACAAAAGUUGCCAGGGCUCAAAGAAAAUUCGUCUUCAACACUUCUUCACUCCUGAAAAAUCAACUGUCAUGAGCUUGACGUAUAUGUCACAAUACCUGUUUGCUGGCUUGGUAAAUGGAAACAUUGCAAUCUACACAAAAGGAGAAGAUGGAACAUGGAACACGGAACCUCAGAAGACAGUUAAACUGGGGGUUCUGCCUGUUAGAAGUCUGCUUGUGAUGGAAGAUACCAUUUGGGCUGCAUGUGGUGGACAAAUUUUUAUAAUCAGCAUAGUGACUCAUUUUAUAGAGAACCAUUUUGAGGCACAUCAAGAGGAAGGUAUGGUAAUCUCUCACAUGGCUGUUGCUGGAGUGGGAGUCUGGAUUGCUUUCACAUCUGGAUCUACGCUUCGUUUGUUCCACACUGAGACACUGAAACACCUCCAGGAUGUUAACAUUGCCACGCCUGUUCACAAUAUGUUGCCAGGGCAGCAGCGUGUUUCUGUGACCAGUCUGCUGGUGUGCCAUGGCUUAUUACUGGUUGGAACAAAUCUGGGGAUAAUAGUAGCAUUGCCAGUGCCACGCUUGCAGGGAAUUCCCAAAGUAACUGGGAGAGGAAUGGUGUCGUAUCACGCGCACAAUGGGCCGGUCAAGUUUCUUGUAAUGGCUACAUCUAUAAACAAGAAAAACAAAAACAAGCUAAGGAACAGCCUGCCUCGUGGCUCAGAAUCUAAAGACAAAGAUCAGAGGAAUGUUCUGCACAGUGACAGACCAGGCUCUUCCAAUAGCAGCAACCCUGAUACUUCAGUUUGGCUGGGAGGUUCAGCAGGAUCCAUUGCACAAAAAAGUGACUUGUCUUCAUCUUCUGGAUCCCUUACAUCAAGUUCCCUAGAGCAUAGGCCAGAGGACAGUAACAUUUAUGAGCUUUUGAAGGAUCAAAAUAUCUCUUUUAAAAAUAAAAGACAGAGAUCCAAGAAAAUGAAAGCAAGUUCAGUAUUAGUCAUUUCUGGUGGUCAAGGACACAGAAGAGUGAACAAGAAGACCAAGCAGCAACGACAAGAUGAAUUAGUGUCCUCAGUGAUGGUCUGGCAAAUCCCGCUAUUAAAUAUAUGAGUGAUCUAAAUUCAAGAUACUUUCUGCUAUUAAAAAGUCUGAUAUCUUUAUACAGCAAAUGCCAGCUUAGGACCCAAUCCGAAAGACUUUAUGACAUGGGAGCAAUUUCAGUAGGAUUUGAUCACAGAAUUAAGGGAUACAAAGCAGAGUCUUUACGUACGUAGAACAUUCUGUGGUGUCAGGGUAUUGGAAAAUGUCUAGCUGUUGAUGCUAUCUUUGAUACUUAGAACAGAAAGGAUUUGUCAGACAUUUUAAAAGAUUUUAGGAGUUUUGUCUUAUUUAUAUUCACAUUUAUAAAUAUCGUCAUUAUGUUCUAUAGCACUUGGGGAAGGCAAGGAACAUGUGCUGUGUCACAUGCUGGUUUUUGCUUAUGUAAAUCAGCUGUUGUUUCCUUUUCCAAACCAACAUAUUGCAUGGGCUGUAGAUUUUAACAAAUUAGCACAAAAAAAUUUUUAACAAUAAAAAUCCUAAUGUGAAAGCUAAUAUUAGUAAUUACUGUAACAGUUGGUAAGAUCAUUCCGUAAGCCAGAGUUUGCUCUGAACAAACACAGUUAUAUUAAUUGAAACUUUUUUUUUUCAACAUAGACAAUAGAUUUUUUCUUUGUAUUCUUAAUGCUCAGUAUUAUGAAAAAAGUUGCAGUAUAAAAAGUCCAUUAAUUUUCUUGGUAGGUAUAAUGUGUCUGUUAUUCAUCUAUGUCAUACAGAGAAAGUUGUAAGGAUAUCGUGGCACACAUAAUAGAAAGUACAGAUAAAGAACAGCUGUGCAUUGUAGUGCUGGUAAUGCGUUCCCCUCCUGGCAAUUUUGUGUCAAAGGUAGAUAUGGACUGUGCCAUUAUUAACGAGGUAUGCAUAUCUCAGAUGUAAAUACUGAGCUCAGAAAUAUACGGAAAUAAUCUGUGGGAGGUGCAAGUAAUUGUUGUGGAUAUUCGUCCUACAUCAGUGGAUCUGUGCUAUGUCCUCAGGCAAAUACCUAUCAGAUAAUGUCAGUCCACAAGUGCAGACAGCAGGGUUAUGGUCCAAUCUGCUCACCCAGAGAUUCAGCCAAGCGUGGUCUGAUAAAUAGAUAUUGUAAAACUAGGGUGCACAAUUUCUUUGCAUUUAUUCACUGAGUGGGACAAGGUGUUGCUUUGGUACUCUUUUAGAGGGCCGAAUUUUAAACAGGGACCCAGUUAAUCUUCUUUUCCUUAAUGAAUGGAUAUUUCCAAAAGGAAUUUUGAACUCGGGGAUACUAUUGACAUUGCUUUUUGCACUAUACUCUCUGCAUGUGAAAUACAAGGCAAGGCCUUCAGCUCAGAAAGAUAUUGCAAAAAAAUGGUUAUGAGACACCUUGUUCAGUCACAACGGACUUAAUAUGUGUGAAAUGAGGGCUUCUAUCUUCUAUCUUCUUCCCUUGUCAAUAAACUGAAAGACACAGAGAGAUUAAAGCUCUUAGGCUUAAUUUGGGUGUGUUAAAAACUCUAAUACCGUCCAUCAGUUCAGUAAAAUAUAAACUAAAUAUAUCCAAAGCAAAAGUCUAUCAGGUGUUUGCAUUGACUAAAAUCAAGAGCAAGUUUUGGCUGUUUUGGCGCUUGUCUUGUCCCAGUAAAUUAUAAAUGUACUCUAAAUUUUCGGUCUGCUCUGAAAAGUGAAUCUGUAUCAAGCCAACACCAAAGUCAGUGAAUGGGCUGACUCACUGAGUUUGGAGUGCUGCAGUAAGGUGGUGUCCUGCCUUGCUGCCACAUGGCACACAACCAGGACAGAGGGAAUGCUACUGCAGCAAACCUUCUCCUGCUGCCACCAAAACAGACAAUUCAACAGAUACACACCUACAUUUCUUUCCAGGAGCUCAGCUCACAUCCUACAUCCUUAUCAGAAAAGGCAGCUUGAGCCAUAACAGCACAAACUCCAGUAAGUCACAAAGAACUUUUGUUAGAUUGGAUUGUAGGUCUAGAGUUUUCCUUACUGCUUUGUGGUUUUAUUCUGUGUCUUUCACCACGAUUCUUACCAUGUCAGCUGGGUGCUCCCAGCAUUGAUAUGGACUUGGUGUCGGCAUCAGUCCCUGUGAAAUAAAAAGCAGUGUCUCUAAGGCAGGCUGCCAGCAACAUUUCCCCAAAGUUUUCCUCUUCUUCUUGUCCUUGUGCCUGGUCUACCUUGCCUGAGGAUUCAAGACCAGCUGCGCUUUCUACAUUCUUCCAUAGGCCCUGGGGGUUUAUCUUUGCCCACUGUGUGGAAAUACUAAAUUGUACAGUGUGAGCUGUGUAUAAAGCCUCUCCUGCAUAUAAAGCCUAUAUAACCUGAUGUCUCUUUGCUACACUAGAGCAGAAAGACCACAGGUGUGAUUCUGCAUGCUCCUCAGGUGUGGGCUUCCAUGUCCAUACUUUUGGGGCUGGAAGAUUAUGCUCACUUUUUCAUGGGUCUUUAUCAUUAAGAAUGGUAAGCCAAGACCCCAUGUAAUAAGCUGGAAACCCACGUGUGGAGUUAUUACAGGAGGUGCUAGCAAUGAGGCAUAAGAGUUUUAAAAUUCUCAGUGAUAUUCAUCCUACCUUCCAGCUGAAAUGUAGCUUUCUUCACUUUAGUCAAGAGAACAGGAGAAACAAAAUACAAAUCUGCUCUUCAGAAAGUCCAUUGAUGUUUUGCCACUGACUUCAGUAAGAACAGAAAUAGGUCCUUCAUUUACACUAUACUGCUUUGAAAGUAAAGAUAUGUAUUUGUCUUACCAAGUGGAAAAAACAAAGAUAAGAUGUAUACCUUUGGAAAUAUGAAUUGAAGUACACCUUCAGUGAUGGAGCAUGACGUGCAAUGCUUGUUUUCUGAUACAUAGCUUCCAUGAUAAGGUAUUGCCUUGCAGUAAAAGCAGACAGGAACCAAAGUUUCUCUUACAGCAAGCAAGUAAACUUUAUAGCUAUUUCUGACUGCUGCUGGGUAGAUUGGAUUUUGCUUUCUGGUACUGCUUUGCUAGAUUUGUAGAAUUUAUGGAAGACUUUAGGGAAAAGGGGGAGAAAGUGUAACCACUACGAUAUAUUCUGUAUAUGUUUUCUAACAUAUAGUAGGGUCUUUUGUAACAUGAGCCAUAAAAGAACAUAUUUAUGUUCAAAGUAUAAGCUGAGAAAAUGUUUAAUAAAAAAUGUGCUACAACUUAAUUUCAGAAGUGCAUUUAUUGGGUCUCUAUAUUAACAAGAGAGCUAGAAUCUGGGACUUGCAUUACUGAAUAAUGAAAUAAUAUGUAAUUAGGACAACAAAAGUUUUAAUACUUUCUAGGAUUUAAUUGCAUAUGCAAUUUCAAUAAACGAUGUGGACUCGCAGUAAGUUUGACUUCUGUAUCAAUGGACACAAAUUGAACAUUUUCACAAUGCUGUCUGCAAGGAUUACACACCAUUUGAGUAGCACGUGUUACAUGAAAGUGAGAUGCAGUGUUCCAAGUGAGUGUUGCAGAGCACAGCAUUAGCAGAGGAAAUUAAUUUUCAUUUGGUAACUGGCAAUUCAUGCUAAUUAAUGUGCCCUAAAGGAUGUAUAGGGAAUCCCAUGAUUGUGCUUAAAUUCUGAGACUUGUAUUCAUCAGGCUCAGGAAUGGCCUUUCGUGUGUACCUGCACUACUACAAAUAAAGAGCUAUUGAAAAGAGGUAAAAUGAA